AUGAGCUCUUAUUUCGUCAACUCACUGUUCUCCAAAUACAAAACCGGGGAGUCCCUGCGCCCCAAUUAUUAUGACUGCGGCUUCGCCCAGGACCUGGGCGGCCGACCCACCGUGGUGUACGGUCCCAGCAGCGGCGGCAGCUUCCAGCACCCGUCGCAAAUCCAGGAGUUCUACCACGGGCCAUCGUCGCUGUCCACGGCUCCCUACCAGCAGAACCCGUGUGCCGUGGCGUGCCACGGAGACCCCGGCAACUUCUACGGCUACGACCCGCUGCAGCGCCAGAGCCUGUUCGGUGCGCAGGAUCCAGACCUGGUGCAGUACGCAGACUGCAAGCUCGCGGCCGCCAGCGGCCUGGGCGAGGAGGCCGAGGGGUCUGAGCAGAGCCCGUCGCCCACACAGCUCUUCCCCUGGAUGCGCCCUCAAGCAGCCGCCGGACGCAGGCGAGGCCGCCAGACCUACAGCCGCUACCAGACCCUGGAGCUGGAGAAGGAGUUCCUAUUUAAUCCCUAUCUGACUCGCAAGCGGAGGAUCGAGGUAUCGCACGCUCUGGGACUGACAGAGAGACAGGUCAAAAUCUGGUUCCAGAACCGGAGAAUGAAGUGGAAAAAGGAAAACAACAAAGACAAGUUCCCCAGCAGUAAAUGCGAGCAGGAGGAGCUGGAGAAAGAGAAGCUGGAGCGGGUGCCAGAGACCGCCGAGCAGGGCGAUGCGCAGAAGGGUGACAAGAAGUAGGCUCCAGCUGGGACUGCUUGGGCCGGGGCUAGCCCGCA